CCUGGGUUGCUAGGUAGGGUUCGGGUUCGACCAUGGACAAACAAUUGGACCUCCGCGAUAACUCAAUUCAAUUUUAUCCGCACGCGCUUCUUCUCAUCCUCCUCAUCAAACCCAUAUGAGCUGUCCGGUCGCCGAGGGGAUGAACAAGAGCAACAAUGGCACCAGGACGGAAGCUUUAUCCACGGGCGACCGUCAAGAAAAUCAUCAAGGCUGAGUCCGACUGCAAUGUUAGCAAGGAUGCCGACGUCACGAUAUUCGUCGAUUAUAUCCGCUUCUUGCAGACUGUGGUGAAAGAGGCAGCAAUCGAGAGCAAAAAGGCUGGCGAAAAAGGCAUCACUCCAAGGAGCGUUAAGAAAGUCACGCCAGACUCGCUCUCCAAAUUCAAGCUUUGAGUUCCAAUUAAUUGUAUUUUCAGUAACAUCGCCGAUCUAGCCUUGACUGAUGGAUUGUGAAGAGGAUCAUUGUGCACAAUCGAGCUGCGACAGUUUUUGUUUGAAAGCGCGGAAGAUCGUAUACGACGUCAAGCACUGGGCUUUUGCAUGUAAACCUUUUGUAGCUGAUUACAGUACAACGUCAACCCUCAGAUUCGUACGAGUCGCGGGCUAGAGACGACUACGUUUUAAUGUUAACGAAUGGGAUUCUAGAAUAGGACCACACUAGUGCUAGCCUAGCAACCGUCAUGUCCAAGGUCGAAAGGGACUGCCGGGUUUCAGCUUGGUAUUGCAUGCUCUUGUUAUGUUCGCCCUACCGGUACAUCUUCAGCCUAGUUUUGGA